AUGGAGUAUAGUAGUCGAACAAGGAAGAUGGUGGCAGAUGCCCUAGAAAUGCAGAAAGAGAACUUGGCAAUAUGUCAAAUUGCUGAAGUGCCUGGAACAAGCAAUGGGCUUGACUCUGACUCUGGACCUGAAGAAGACCCAUUGGGUUCGGAUGACUCCAGAGCUGACCCGGAUUUCAGUUCCAAUACCAGUGAAUCAUCAAGUGAUUCCAAUGGAGGUUUCGCAGAAGAGUCUGACCAGAGUUCGCACCGCUGCUCAAAUGUAGCUAGAAAAGUAGUAAAUUGCAGCCAGACAACCAAAACUGGAAGAAAGCGUUUAAGGUUCCCGGAAAAGUGGCGAAAAAAUGCUGCAAAAGCUCUGAGAAACGAAGGUAAAGAAUACGUGUCAGUUUCGAAAAUCAGAAAAUUGCACCCUUCUAGGACCAUUCUGCCUCCCUGUGGAGACAAAUGCAAGCUGCAAUGCAGCAAGAAAUUUACAGAUGAAAAUCGUAAAACUCUUUUUUCCGAAUAG